AACUGGGCAGAAACCGCGUUUACAGACGGCGCUGCGAGCUCAGUGAUGAAACAGCUGAUUGAGCGCCGCCCUUACGGCCGGACCAUUCGAUUCGCCGACGAGCGCUAUUCGUGCGAUUGACCGGCGUGCUCUCCCACACGUGCAUUGUUAUAACGUACAUAAACAUUUUGCCGACAUGGCAGGUAAAACAAAAUUUGUUCGUCUGACUCGGAUGUCCAGGGUGUUUCAGCCGCUGUCGAGCGAGAGCGGAGAGAGGGCGGAAGUUAUAUCUAAAAGUCAUAAGCUGAUGCUCAAUUAUGGAAUCAUCAAACCAGUCAGCGUUGGCAUGUUCGCCCUGCUGCCAUUAGGGGUGCGGAUUUUCAAUAAGUUAAUCGAGCUCGUCGACAAAGAAAUGGCAAACAUCGGCGCGGAGAAAAUAUUGCUCCCAGCGUUAACUCCCGCCGCGCUGUGGAGGAAAACUGGCAGGUAUGACUCCGGUAAAGCAGAGCUGUUUACACUUACGGAUAGACACAAGAAGGAAUAUAUAUUGAGCCCGACAUAUGAGGAAGCAAUCUGUGAUGUGGUAUCGUCGGCAGGAGAUCUCUCCGCUAAAUCAUUACCGUUGAAGUUGUAUCAGAUUUCGAGCAAAUGGCGGGACGAGAUGAAACCACGGCAUGGUUUCCUACGUAGCCGAGAAUUCAUCAUGAAAGAUUUAUAUACGUUCGAUUCUAGCUUGGUCAACGCGCGACACACGUACGAUUUAGUCUGCGAGUCUUACAACAAUAUUUUUAGGCAGAUUGGUAUAAAGUACACGAAAAGCAUAGGUGAUGUGGGGACAAUCGGAGGCCUGAUGUCACACGAAUAUCAUUAUGCGUCCGACAUUGGCGAAGACACGAUACUUCAGUGCCCCUCGUGCAAUUUAUCCAUUAAUCAGACCGUUUCCACCACGACGAGUUGUCCAGAAUGUAAAAGCGAACUGCAACGACACGCUGCUGCCGAGGUGGGGCAUACAUUUUUAUUAGACGUAAAGUAUUCGCAGCCAUUACAAGCGACGUACGUGGAGCACAGUAACGAAGGGAGAAAAUCGAAACCUUUGGUAAUGGGCUGUUUCGGUCUCGGAUUAAGUCGUAUCAUUAUGUUAGCUGUCGAAAUCUUGUCGACGAAUAACGAAAUAAGGUGGCCCGCAAAGUUAGCGCCAUACACUGUAUGCAUCGUACCACCAAAGGCUGGAAGCAAAGAAGACGGUACGUCCGUCUAUGUCGAGCAACUGUCCGAGAUACUUUGCAAGCGGGACAUCGACACGAUAUUGGACGAUCGCACGCAACACACGAUCGGUAAACGGCUGAUACUCGCGCGUGCAUCGGGCUACCCUUACAUAAUUGUCAUUGGCAAAGCGGCAACCCAAUCGGUUCCUCUAUUCGAAAUUCACGAUGUGAACAAUUCGACUUAUCAAGAAUUAUCAUUGGAUCAGAUAAGCGAUUAUUUUGGUAAUAUAAAUUGUAAAAAUUAAGAAACGAUACAUAUACAGUAUGUAGGGAAUAAAACUAAGUUGUAUUUUUAUAUAUCUUUACAAUGUGACUGUACAUUUUCAUGAAUAAUAGCAGUUUCUUAUUGUU